AUGGCCGCCUUCCAAACUCAGUCCGUCCGUUUGUCAAGGUCAUCCGCCAUUGAUCAGUUUAAACAACGCGCUAAAGGCUCCACGUGGGCUGCUAAUAUGUCAUCAACAUCUCUUGACAGGGAGUCUAGUGGACCCCCAGUUAAGUAUCCACAUUGCAUUCGAGGGACCCUUCGAAUAACGCUUCAACUGAAAGAUCUUUUCGUUCAAGCAUUCAGCCAGUUAGAGGCGUAUCGAGCGGCACUGCUAGCGUGCAAUCGGGUAUUUUCGCGGGAAUUGGCAGUCUCCAAUCUUACAGCUGGUUUGAAGAGCAUUAACCAGCUGCGAUUGCAAGUAAAGGACGUUCAUGCUAGAGCGACGGCAAAGGCGGAACGCAACAGGGUCAUGUGGAAGCAUUACAUGACCCUUUGCCGCGACGCCGAUGUCGUAGUGGACAGGAAGAACUACCUCAGUGACCGGUUUCAGGCAAGCAGUCGUAGACUCCAUCCUGGCGGCAAUUCAGAGGUCGUUGAACACCAAAGUCGCGCGUCUUUGGAAGAAGACCUGAUGGGAGAAUUCGGGGUGAAGGGAGCGGAUGAAGUCAACAUUGAUCAGCUCGACGUUCCGCCUGAGGUGGAUCUUAGUUGCGACACCGAUGAAACUGGUCAGGCUCUUCUACCAUUGAUGGAGUUCUACAGGAGGUUUUACUUCCAACAGAUAAACUUCCAGCAAGCAAUGUGCAUGACAGCUCACCGAUCAAUGCCCCUGAUCACACAGUGCCCUGGACUGGGUCGACGCAUUCGCGGCUGGCGAAUGGAGAAGAAGAAGCGAACAGGGAUCGUUGAUCACUUGGAGGACAUUCGCGCAGACCUCACCUGCCUCAUUGACCGACUCGACCGCUGCGUCGAUCGUGUAAAAGCGAAGAUCAGGCAAGACGAGGCCAUCGACUCGUGCUAUCGUCAGCACUGCGCGGCCCAGGAACGACUUCGUCGGCUCUGUGACCAACAGGAGAGACUGGACGAUCACAUGAUGGGUGCUCUGGUGAAAGCAGAGCCCAAAUUCGUGAGACUGCAGAGGUUCUAUGAAUUCAACAGUAAUGAAAGUGUCUACGAGUUGGCAGAGGACGGUCCUCAAGGAAGCCACAUGGCAAGCUUCGAGUCAAGAGUGCCAACUUUGCCUCCACAUGGAACAAAUGUUCUGGAUAGGCUACUCACGGGGACAGAAAUCAACUCCACUUCGAGCUCCUGUCGAACAAGAACUGUAUCUUAUGGAAAUCCCGACAAGCUGGACCAAGAAGUUCAGGGCACUGAAGAAGUUGGAUGUCAGAGUAGGACUGCACCAGACACAAACCAGUCCUGCAGUGCUGAGGUAGGUGUAACCCUUCAACCUGCUGCCAACACUAGUGGGACGACUUCCAAGCGUGGACAGUCCACGACGCAGAUCGCUUCAAACAGAUUCACUUGCAGGCCUGUUGCAGUUUCGACCGACUCCUUCAACUGUUUAGUCCCAGACUGGGCUAGGAAGAUGUUUAAGAAACCAACAAAAGAUCAUCUGGUUAACAACAAAGACGUGCAUGAGGAAGAAGUCCUUCGAGGUGAUGCAUCGUGUGCCGCGUCUGUGACGAUGCUUCGAAAACGACAGGUGCUCGUAGAGGCUGUUCUCAAAGCUGACGCUCGGCAUAUUGACAACAUUUUGUCUGGAAUUCCAAAAUGA